GGCCCGGCCCGGCUCGGCUCGGCUCGGCCCGGCCCGGCCCGGCCAUCGCGCUGGCCUCUGGGUGACGCGCAGCGGGGCCCCGAGCCAGGACUCCUGGGUCCCGGGGCGCCGGGCCGGGCCCUUGCAGGGUGGUGCCUCCAGGCCUCCUGCCCCAGCAUGGACGAGGGGCAGGCCAGAGAGCUGCUGGGGUUCCUCCACCUGGACACCCGGCCUGAUAUAAAGGGCCAGGCCACAGGCUACAUCCUGGGGCUGACGGGCAGCGUGGAGGGGCGGAUGCUGCUGGCGGGCAGGCCGGAUUUCCUGGAGGCUCUGCUGCUGCUGACGGGCGACCGCUCCUUGGCCGUGGUGAAGGACAGUUACCACUCGCUCAUCAACCUGUCUGUGGCUGCGGCCACCCACGGGGCCCUGGCCAAGGGGCUGCCAGCGCUGCUGCACCGCCUGCUGGACCCGGGCUACGCCUUCGCCGACCAGGUCUGCACCCUCCUCUCCAACCUGUCCCGGGAGGAGGCCACCUGCCGCCAGGUUUUCCGGGCCGUGCAGGAGGAGGGGCUGGGGCUGGCCCAGGUCCUGGAGGCGUUCUGCACCGAAGGCUACAACAAGAAGGCAGCCCUGCACUACCUGGGCCCCCUGCUCUCCAAUCUGAGUCAGCUGCCGGAGACCCGGGAGUUCCUGCUGGACAGAUCCAGGUGCGUGGUGCAGCGGCUGCUGCCCUACACGCAGUACGAGGCCUCCGCCAUCCGCCGAGGGGGGGUGAUUGGGACGCUCAGGAACUGCUGCUUCGAGUACAAGUACCAUGAGUGGUUACUAGGCGCUGAGGUGGACCUGCUCCCCUUUCUCCUGCUGCCGUUGGCGGGCCCUGAGGAAUUCCCUGAAGCGGAAAUGGAAAGGCUGCCCGUGGACCUGCAGUACCUGCCGCAGGACAAGCAGCGGGAGAAGGACCCCGACAUCCGGAAGAUGCUGCUGGAGGCAGUCUUGCUGCUCACAGCCACCAAGGCCGGCCGGCAGCUGGUGAAGGAGAAGGGCACCUACCUGGUCGUGCGGGAGCUCCACCAGUGGGAGACGGAGCCCGAUGUCCUGGCUGCCUGCGAGAAGCUGAUCCAGGUGCUGAUUGGGGAUGAGCCUGAGGCCGGAAUGGAGAACCUGCUGGAGGUGAAGAUCCCCGAGGACGUGGAGGAGCAACUGCAGCGCCUGGAUCGGGAGGAGGAGCGGCAGCAGGAGAUGCAGAGCGAGGGGCCUGGGGCGCAGAUGGGCUCCCAGGGGCUGUCGAGGUGACUUGCUGACCGGCUUGUCCUGCCCCGGCAGCGGGGAGCGCUCGGACUCUGCCCAGCUGAGGGCUGCGACCUGCCAGCCGUCGUGGGAGCCACGCCCAGCCGGACCAAACGGAGCCGGCUGCAGCCACCCUUGCGAGCCCUGUAGAGACGGCAGCUCCCAGCUCAGCCUGGUGGCUCUGGAGCAGCAAGAGGGGACUGGGACUGGGAGCUCCUUCCCUUGAGGUUCCUUGUUUCGCUCCAGCCCACAUCAGUUGCCACUGCCUGACCCAGGCAAGAUGAAUUGGGGGGGUCUCAGCCAGGCUCGGGAGGGCCAGGGCUCCCCCUUGCACAGUGCAGCAAUGCUGGCAAAGGGGGGCUGCUCGGCAGGGCAGGGCUGGGGCUCAGUGGGAGGUGGUGGUGCGCACACAAAGUGAUGCUGCUCCCCGGCUGUGGGGCUGCCCCCUGCCAUCAGCGUGGCUCAGAGGAAUGGCGGUGGGCGGCUGCCUGGGCUGUGGCCUGAGAUUCUCGCCUGCACCCAGCUUUGUGCCAGCCCCCCAUCCUGAACGGGCAGGUGCACAUGCUGAGCGGUGUCCACACAGGUGAACCUGGCCUGGUGCCUCUGGGAGGCUGCUUCCAGCCCUGCCGGGGCACGGGCUGUGUCUCUAGCGAGGGGGAGAUGGACGCUGAGCCCGCGGAACAGCAUUUAAUUCCAGAUGGGGGGAGGAUGGGGAGGCAGAGCCAGGCGCUGGGAGGCAGGAGCUGGACAGUGGCUUUGGGCUGGUGUGACGAAGUGGGACUGUUCUUAAUGUUUCCUCUGAAUAGUGGGGGGGUGCCUCAGUUUCCCCCAGGCAGUUCUUAAGUAUCUAGGGGGUGGAGUAAGGGUGUAUGAUCAUUGCAGAGCCCUAGAGGGCAGGUGUGUGCAGGAGUCUGGACACAGAGAAUGGCCAACACCCUGUUUCCUGGCAACUGAUGGCCUGGGCCCUUCCCCCCUGCAAGGUGAGAGCUGAAGGGUUGGAGAACAAAGGAAUCAGGUGACCACCUGGCCCGGGAAAGGAACAAAGCCCAGAGGAGGAGGGGCUGGAGGGGGUUUUCAGUUUGGGGCUGGCUGGGACAUGGAGUGAAGUGCAGACGUGGUUGUCUGGCUCACUGCCCCCCAAAAUGGACCCAGCUGAGGGGUCCCGUUCUCUGCACCUACAAGCUCUGUUUGACCAUGUUCCUGUCAUCUAAUAAACCUUCUGUUUUACUGGC